UUGUUGUUGUCAAGAUUAAAUUGAAUUUUAGCAUUUAAUUCCACACACACUUUCCGAAAGAAUCUGAGAGUGAGUCAGGAAGAGAAGAAGAGACAGUGGUGAGUGAUGGAAGGAAGGCGAAUGAGAAGGUUUGGAAGGGGUGUACACAGUAACACUCGAUCUCACUCUCCCUCUCUUCUUCCCCUACACACCACACCCAGCCACAACAUCUCCAACUCCAUUUCUUGUUGGUAUUGUGACUAUAAAAUCACUGCUCUCAAUCAACCCCUUUUCCGUUUUGGUCGAAGCUACGCCAGGGCUUUGAGGGUGUGGUUUUCCAUUGGGGUUGGUUUUAGCCUAACUGCACUGUUUGGUGUUACUAUGAUUCUCCUAUGGGAAUUAGGCAAAGCCCUGCAUCUUAUCCACCAAGACACACAGCUUGGCAAUCUUUCUACUGCCUUACUGUUUGGUUUUUCUCCCACUGCGGUCUCUGGUUUUAGCAUGUCACUUGCUGAUGCUGGAUAUAUCUUUAUUUCUACUGUGAUUUCUGUAUCCGUGCAUGAAUUUGGGCAUGCCCUUGCUGCUGCAUGUGAGAGCAUACAGAUGGAGUACAUUGCGAUUUUUAUUGCAGCUUUAUUUCCUGGUGCUCUGGUAGCUUUCAAUUACGAGUUUCUGCAAGCAUUACCGCAGCUUACUGCCCUUCGUGUAUAUUGUGCUGGUGUGUGGCACAAUGCAGUGUGUUGUGUAGCUUGUGGAUUGGUGCUAUUCCUCUUGCCCAUGAUCUUGUUUCCCUUCUACAUAUAUGGUGAAAGCCCCAUGGUUUUGGAUGUAUCUUCUACAUCACCUUUGUCUAGGUAUUUGUCUCCUGGGGAUCUUAUUAUGUCACUAGAUGGCGUUCGCAUCCAUAAUUCACAAGAGUGGAUGGAGAUGACUUCUUUGAUAGAUAAAAUGGCACUUCAAAGUACAAACCAUUCCAAAUAUGAUGAAGGCUUUGGGAGAGUCAAUGGCAUAAAAGGAUAUUGUGUCCCCAAUAUUAUGAUAGAAGAUAACCAGAAGAUUCAAUCAGUAGGCAACUAUUCUGCUUGUGCUGAGGAUCUUACUGCCUUUGAAACCAUUCCCUGUCAUGAUAUGAGAAUGUCAAAUAUUGGUGGUGGUGAAGAUGGUCAUCCAAAGAGAAGAGAGAAUACUUACUGCUUGGAUGCUAAGGACAUUGUCAAGCUUAACAAAUGUGGUGAUGGAUGGGAAAUAAUAACUAAUGGAAGCAGCUGCAUAUGUUCACUGGAUGAGUCUUGCUUGAGUCCACUUCAGAUGCCGGGUUUGUGCUGGGUUGAGAUCACAUUCUCAAGAUCCCUUUCUGCAGAGUGCUUGCAACUUGGAAGAAAUUCAUUUUCAGAUUCCAAGACUUCUGAUCUUAUAGAAUCCAAUUGUCGUGGGAGUUUUGUUUUUGUUGGUGAUGUAAUAUCCAUGGCUCGUUCAGUUCGUUUAACUGCUUAUCAACCUCGUUGGGCAUUUCAUAUUGGUAGAGAUCUUCCAGAUGUGCUGGAAAGGGUUCUGAUGUGCACAUUCCAUGUCUCUCUAACACUAGCUCUUCUCAAUAGCUUGCCAGUCUACUUUCUGGAUGGAGAAUCUCUUCUUGAGGUGGCCCUGUGCCAUUUCACUUCACUCAGCUCAAGGAAGAGAGAAAAGGUUCUUAAAGUAUGUCUUUUGGGAGGGACUCUGAUUUCUAUCCUUGUCUUUGUGAGAAUCUUCUUCAGUUUUAUGUAAGCCAAAGGUAAAAUGUAUGUUUUGCUUUUUUCUCAAAAUUAAAUGUCACCUCAUUAGCUUUACUGUUGACUUUGCUUUGGCAUGCGUCUAUUUAGAAGAAUGCCAGAAUAUGGUUUAAGUGCUUACACGAUGAAAGCUAUACUAAAUGCCAGAAUAUGGUAGUGCUUACACGAUGAAAGUUAUACUAAAAUUUGUUAACCAAUUUACGGAAGAAAUUGUGCUCUUUCCUAAGGAUUCUUAAAAGUUUUGAAUGACGCAUAGCAUCAAUCAGGGACUUUAAUAAUGGAUAAUGACAAGGGUUUAGAAUAAUGAUUUUUUCGUUGUCAACAUUCAUCCUUGUCAAUGCACAAUCUCUACAAGAUCUUUUGAUGUCUAGAAAUUGCCACACAAUGAGAGGAAGGAGUACUCCUUAACACCUCAACUUUGUGAUGAAAUUUAUCACAUCCUUUUGGACUUUCUGGUGAUGUGAACAGUUAGGCUACUAGCUUUAGAGGCCAGAUUUGGUGCAAUGGUAAGUGCCUUCUGUCCAAGCAAUGUGUUCUGGGUUCAAGCCAGGAAUCAACCCAUCCAAACUUAGGGUAAUGCUGCCUACCAAUUAUUUCUAUAAGACGACCACAAAAUCCACGACCAUUUUUGUUACAACUUGAAAUUGUAUUAAUCUACUAACAACUAAAAAUAAUUUAAUCAACAAUUAACCAUUAAUCAAUUUCCUUAAAAGAUUAAGAGUUCAAUUUGGUAAUGCCAAUUAGGAGGACUUUCUACACAGAAAAAGGGCCAAGGAUAAGAAAGGGAAAAACAUCAAUCCAGACUUGCAUUAAGAUAACUGAAUUGAUCAAAUCUCCCUCAAAUUUAAGUACAAUCAAAUAUCUUCAAAAAUUACAAUUUAUUAUUAUUUCACAAGUACAGUCCAUGUCUAAUGAAGAGGUUGUUUUUUUUGUUUUGUUCUAAAGCUUUUGAUCUCAAAUGUUACAAUCGGUUGUCCUCUCUUCUGGCAGUUCUGUUUGAUUUCUUGUACAUGUCACCUUGAGGUUGCUUUAGUUUUCUGUUUUGGUUAACCAUGUGGUAACUCCUGACUGGCUAAUAUAUUCAUCAUGACUGUUGAUUUACACUCCCCCUUCUCCCCCACCAACCAAAAAAAAAACUUUGCAACUGUAACUCUGUAAUUAUUACAUAUGUUAUGAAGGAAACAAGAACGAAACAAUACACUUUGUUUAUCCAUCUUACGUGCACUUGAGUCUUUACCUCCUAGGUAAUAUGAAAUAGUAGUAAGGAAAAAGGCAAAGGAACAUAAUAUGCUUUUAAACGCUUCGCUCGCUAAACAUUUUUGAGCAUUUGCUUUAACUAUAUCCGUUCAAGAUCCCAACAGAGAUAUACAACUGUACGAUGUAUAGCAAUCCAUUUAUUAUUUAACUGGUAUAUAAUGAGUUGUAUGUUUAUGUGGCUUUGUUAAUUAUAAUAUGGACUUGAGAAAAAAAAUCUCAUUGGACAUGGAAAAGUCCUUUGCAACUCGAAAUGGAAUGGCUCAUUAUACAUGCUUGUACCUUCACAUUACAAAGGAUAUUUUCAGCAAUAAUUCUUGCAAUGUAACAGAAAGAAAAUUCUCUCACGGGUAUGCUUUUCCUUUAUUGAACAAUGAAUUAUAUAAUGGUUACAGGUUUGCUCAUUGCCUAUGGACUUUAUUGUUUAGCUUGACUCCAUCUUUCUAAAAACUAAUGACACUGGGUAGACUCUUUUCCUUGUAGUCGGUGUCUAUCAUGUUCUGUUGUAGCCAUUUGGUGUUUGAAUGGUCUAUGAGGUGAUUGCACAGUAUUUAGCUAGGUCCCCAUCAUUUUUAUCACUAACCCAGUAAUGAUGACAUGCAUUCCUUGUAGUCUAUAAGUCUAGCAUGGUUUGUUGUUUCUAUCUGGUAUUACCUUAUCUUUUUGUAGAAGUGUAAAAAGUUUAAAGGCAAUAAUAGCUUGAAUAAGCAAAUUUUAGAACGAGGUGGAACCCUGCAAGGUGUCUACUGCCUAGUCAAAGGAGAGACUUGAAGGCAUACUGGCAAGUGAUACCUAGCAAGGCCGGUGAUGAAAAGGUAGCAUUGCAGAAAACACCUAAUUGUGUCAUGCGUGGGCGAACGUCACAGGACAUACCCAAACAGCAGAGAUUUGACAAAGGAUUAAUACCUCAAGUACACAACAAAUCUAUGCAUUGAGAUACUAUGCCAGGCCUCAUUUAAGCAAUUUGCCUGUUUUAUGGGUUGGAAGUAGGAACCUACCCAUUAUGUCAUAGAUGCUGUGUAUGAAUUAUUCACUUUUAUUAUUAUUGAUAAAUCAGUAGUUGGAGUGCUAGAUAAAUUUUGUUGAA